UAAAAAAAUGGGAUUAUUUGAUGCUCUUAGAGAUUUUAGUUUAUUAACAUGGCUAAGAGAAGAAAGACAGUCUCGAAGGCUGAUUCUGUUGAUCGUUUUCAUUGCUUUGCUCUUGGACAACAUGCUGUUGACGGUGGUCGUGCCUAUUAUUCCAAGCUACCUGUACACAGUGGACGACGAGGCCGCUCAGAUGGCGAAGAAUCACUCCAUGACCCCUCUGUCUCCAUCGAGCACCUUUCAGAGCAUUGUGUCUUUGUAUGACAACACCACACGUGUGACUGGCUUCAGCCCGCAGAUUAGCACGGCUGGCCCAAUGAGCCCGGCACCUACUUCUGUGACCCCUCAAAACCAGUCCGACUGCCCCAAAGCAGAUGACCAGCUUCUGAACGAGAAUGUGAAAGUGGGUCUGUUGUUUGCCUCUAAAGCAACAGUACAGCUAAUCACUAACCCCUUCAUAGGACCACUAACCAACAGAAUAGGAUACCAGAUCCCAAUGUUUGCUGGUUUCUGCAUCAUGUUUGUCUCUACGAUCAUGUUCGCCUUUUCAUCAAGCUAUACGCUGCUGUUUUUGGCCAGAUCUCUACAAGGUGUUGGCUCAUCCUGUUCUUCUGUGGCAGGUAUGGGGAUGCUGGCAAGUGUUUACACAGAUGACGAGGAACGAGGAAACGCUAUUGGGAUUGCACUGGGAGGACUAGCAAUGGGAGUUUUAGUUGGUCCUCCAUUUGGCAGUGUUAUGUAUGAGUUUGUUGGUAAAACAGCUCCUUUCCUUAUCUUGGCGGUGCUGGCAGUGCUUGAUGGAGCUCUGCAGCUUUUUGUGCUUCAGCCUUCAAAAGUGGAACCAGAGAGUCAAAAAGGAACUUCACUCAUAACCCUCAUGAAGGACCCAUACAUCCUCAUUGCAGCAGGUUCCAUUUGUUUUGCUAACAUGGCCAUUGCUAUGCUGGAGCCAGCGCUGCCCAUCUGGAUGAUGGAGACCAUGUGCCCCCGGAAAUGGCAGCUAGGGAUUGCAUUCGUGCCAGCAAGCAUCUCAUAUCUAAUAGGGACCAACAUCUUUGCCGUUUUGGCUCACAAAAUGGGGAGAUGGCUGUGCUCACUUAUAGGGAUGCUGCUGGUUGGAAUCAGUAUUCUCUGUGUGCCUCUUGCAAAAGACAUAUAUGGACUCAUUGUGCCAAACUUUGGUGUUGGAUUUGCCAUAGGUAUGGUGGACUCUUCAAUGAUGCCUAUCAUGGGUUAUCUGGUCGAUUUGAGGCAUGUGUCUGUGUAUGGAAGUGUGUACGCCAUUGCUGAUGUCGCCUUCUGCAUGGGUUUUGCUUUAGGUCCGUCUGCAGGCGGAGCAAUCGCACGGAGCAUCGGCUUCCCCUGGCUCAUGACCAUCAUCGGUUUAGUGGACAUCAUGUUUGCUCCUCUCUGUUUCUUUCUGCGAAAUCCUCCUGCCAACGAGGAAAAGAUGGCCAUUCUGAUGGACUCUAACUGCUCAAUGAAGACCCGUUCCUACUCCACCCAGGGCUCCAGCUAUCAAAUGGGUGAUGAUUUUGAUCCCGAAAGCCCUGAGUAGGCGUCCUCCUAACCUCCAGCCAUGUAUGUCACCCAGAGUAUCUAUUUUGUUGUACGUAAAGAGGAAAACAACAGACUGACUGCUGAUUUGUGCGAAUGUCCCAUAUCUGUCCCACGGUGUCCUGUGCUUGUGAUGGUCAUGUUUUUCAGAAGCAAACCAAAGUUGUUCUCGUCGCUGUUUGUUCUUGAUGUGGGAGAGGUGAAAUAUCUAACCAACAGCCUUAUUUAUGUGGAUUAUGAUCAAAAUAUAGGAUUUGAGAGUGGAUGAUUGGGAAAACAUUCAUUAUUAGGCAUAACAAAAGGUCAUUUUUCCCAAUUCAAGAGUCAGGAAGGGCAGUUGAUAAGAUUCAUUCAGUAAUGGACAGAUAUGUAUUGGAUAUUUAUUGUUAGUCUGUGGUGGUAGGAAAGUUUGGUCUUCAUGUAUGUAUGUAUCGGUCCUGUUGAAGUCUUUUCAUAGGCGUAAAUGUCAGUGAAGGUGCAUUUAAGUCAGUUUAAUGGAUUACAACUCACCUUGAAAUGGGCCUUAAAAUGUUGCCAUUCGUAUCAUGAUCAGUUCAAAUAAUAUCAUAUAUUAUAGGCCCUGUUUACACCUGGUAUUAAGAUGCAUUUAGGAUGAUCUGAUCACAAGUAAACGAAGGACACACAUACCUAUCAGUGUUUUAAUCAGUCUCAUAUUUUAACUUGUGACCACUUGUCUCAUUGGGAAAAUGUCCCCAGGGUCACAGUUUUGAAAACCAACAAAUAUGUGCUCCUUUGUGCAUAUGGCGGCAUUUUGUGUGUUAAACAAAUGCUACGGGUCAGUACUGCUCACUGCUUACCUCUGUAGGG